GAAAAGAGGAGGAAGAAGAAGGGAAAGUUGUGUAUACCGGAUUGUCGUCAACACUCAACAUAACCGUUCCAACACGGAAAAAGACAUACAGGCCAAUUUGCUUUCAAGAGGGAUGCAACGAAGAUCGGGAUUGCCUGAAUUGGUUGAAGGAAAAUAAGGAUUUGGAUGGUCUAUUUGCUUUAGCACUGCACUUUCGGUUGUCUGUGUUAGAUGCAGUUGGUCAAGAGAGGAAAGUGAGAAAACGUUUUUCGCACCAGAAAAAGAACAACUUACUCUGCCGCCAAGUAGUAGCUAAUUGCUGAACUUGUAAGUUCGACAUGGAAAGUUUCCCAGCAAAUUGACGUUAUAUAUAUUUUAUUAUAAUCAAAGAGACAUUAAUGGCAAAGAAUUUCAAUUGGUAAGGGAAAUUUCUUGGGUGUUCUCUCUGAUCGUACCCCAUAGCACAAGUUUAACUUUGACUAUGGAAGUUUUUCUUGGAAAAUUGUGUGUAAGUAGGACUACAAGUUGGUGACAAAAUAUGUCUGUGGACAGGAUGCCAUUUGUUUUGUUUUUAUUUUAGUUCAUGGACCGUUGUUUUGAACAAUUAGGGUGCUUUCCAAUUUCAAAUCUCACAAGUUUGCCAUCUAGGCAAAUUCAAUUAGGUUUCAUAUGCGAGAUAAUACAGAGUUGAAACUUGAAACUUCCUAAAAGAGAAAACAAGUUACUGAAUUUAGUUGUUAGAAUAACUGGGCACAUCAAUAUGAACAAUUUCUCUGCUGAUAGCGGCAUGCUGUUUUUGCUUAUAACCACGAUAAUCUGCUGCAACUUUGGAUGCAGCCAAGGUUGUCUGGAUGAUGAGAAGACAGCUCUUCAGCAAAUAGGACAAUCUCUGGGCUAUGGAUAUGAAUACUUUUAUCCAGGCAGCUCUGAUGACUGUUGCAGGUGGGAUGGGAUUUACUGUAGCCCCACAACCUCUCAUGUGAUCAGAAUUUUCUAUGACUAUAUCAAGGAAGAUGAAGAUCCUGGGUUUCCUGUCUUCCUUGAUAUGAGUUUGUUUUCUCAACUCAAGGAACUGCAGGAAUUGCAUCUCCGAGGGAAUAAUAUUGGUGAACUGACUAAUCCCGAAGAAAUAUGUAAACUCGUUCACUUACAAUGGCUGGAUCUUUCAGCUAACUCAAUUGAAGAUGCUGUGCCACCCUGUUGGGGCAAUAUGCCAUCGCUCAGAACUCUGAACUUGUCAAAGAAUAGAUUUCAAGGAAACCUUACCUCCUUCCUUGCUAAUCUAUCAAAAAUUGAGUCUAUUGACGUUUCAUAUAACCUUUUUGAAGGUCUGCUGUCUUUUUCUAUCUUUGCAAAUCAUUCAAAGCUCAGUCAUCUAGAUCUUUCCUACAAUUACCAAUUAGAAGUUGAAACUGAAAAUCCAACUUGGCAUCCUCGUUUCCAAGUACAACAUUUGCUUUUGGCUGGAUGCAACCUCAACCGUCAGAGUGGUCAAAUAAUUCCUAGGUUCCUUUCUAUCCAAUAUAACUUGCAAACCCUGGAUUUAUCCAGCAACUUACUGGUUGGCAGCUUCCCAACUUGGUUGCUUCAUAAUGUUUCUUCUGUAUUGAGCCUGAGAAGCAAUUCUUUUGUUGGUCAAUUUCCUCAAGGCCACCAAAAGAAAUCUACACUGUCUAAGCUAGAUAUCUCUAACAAUCAUUUUGAUGGGCAUCUACCCAUAAAUAUUGAUCUAUUCCUCCCUCAGCUGAAAGGAUUCAAUGCUUCCUCCAACCAAUUUUCUGGUAACAUUCCCCCUUCUGUAGUUAAACUGAAAUAUGUAGAAAGCUUGGAUUUGUCUAGCAAUCUCCUCUCUGGGGUAGUCCCAGUUGGUCUAACCUACAAUUCACCAUUAUGGUACUUGAAUCUGUCAAACAAUAGCUUGGAUGGUGAGCUGCUUCCAGAAAACUGUAGUAUGCCGAAUUUGACAUGGUUGCUGCUUCAUCAUAAUAUCUUUGUGGGGAAUAUUCCAGCUUGCUUAUCCAAAAGUUUGUCUUUGAAGCUGAUAGAUGUUCGACAUAACCACCUGUCAGGAACCAUCUUAAGUCUACCUGUUUUCAUGCAAUUAGGAGCCCUUCUUUUAGGAGAAAAUCAAUUUAGAGGACCUCCUCCCCAGCAAUUAUGCCAAAUGCAAAUGUUGCAGUUCUUAGAUUUCUCAAAUAAUAAUUUUUCAGGGAACAUUCCUUCUUGUCUCAAUAACAAUUCAGUCUGGAGAAAGAAGUUUCAAGCAAACUCUUGGGUUCCGGUUGAUUUCACCACCAAGGGGAAUUCAUAUUUGUACCAGGGUAUCCCCCUUACUCUCAUGACAGGGAUUGAUUUUUCAGCUAACAUAUUGGCUGGUUUCAUUCCAGAUGAAAUUGGUGAAUUAGCAGAACUGCGUUCUUUGAACCUGUCACAAAACCAUUUAACGGGUCAUAUUCCAAAAUCUUUCAAAAAUCUCACAAAUUUGGAGAGCCUGGAUCUCUCCCACAACAACCUAACAGGACAGAUACCUCCUGAAAUUGUCCAGAUCGAUUUUCUCACAACUUUUUUUGUUGCUUUCAACAACCUCUCAGGGAGGAUCCCAUCUAAUGAACACUUUUCAACAAUAUUCUCUGAAAGUAGCUUCGAAGGCAACCAAGAACUUUGCGGAGAACCAUUACAAAGAAAAUGCUCAGGAAAUGACAAUGAAGACGAUGGAAGAAAAGAAAAUCCAAAAGAAAAUGCAGAGGAAGGCCUCGUUGAUAAACCCUUGUUUUUCUAUUCAUUUGUGUUUGUAUCAUAUGCUGUCGGAUUCUGGAGUGUCAUUGCACCACUUUGCAUCGGUGCAAACUGGCGAAGAAAAUACUUUGCCACCAUAGAUGGAUGGAUUGAAUAUCUUUUGACAAGAUAAGAUCCUUAGUUUACCCCAAAUUUUGUUUCAACUUAUAGUCUGUAACUCGUCAGUCAUCAAUGAUGAAAUAUACUCAAUAAUGAAAUGUUGUUUCGACA